CCGAGUCCAGAGUCUUCACCUCUUCUUCUCUGAUCAAAAACCCUAUCAAAACCCCAGUGUACAUUGUUGCAGAAGCUUAGCUUAGAAACAUGGCCAUUUCCACUGGUUUCGCAUUUUCCUGUCGUCCGCAUUUUCCUCUGUCUCAGAGCAUGCGAAAGGUAUUUAUGAGCUUUUCCGCAGCAAUUGAAGCUAUUGAAGAGAUUGACAGUGGCAAAGAACCAGCUGAAUGGAAGAGGUUCAAUUCCAAGGAACUAGGAAUUAGCAGUUCGAUGAUCGCAAGGCCUACUAGAGUUGUUCUUAAUGGUCUUAAAAGUAAAGGAUUUGAAGUUUACCUUGUGGGGGGCUGUGUUCGGGAUCUUAUUUUAAAACGAACACCAAAAGAUUUUGACAUUAUAACUACAGCUGAACUUAAAGAGGUGUGUAGAACAUUUUCACAUUGUGAGAUAGUUGGAAGGCGAUUCCCGAUCUGCCAUGUGCAUGUUGAUGAUGAAGUUGUGGAGGUUUCAAGCUUUCACACCUCAGGAAUAAGGCCUGUGAGGAACUUGGGUUUAUCUUUUGAGAAGCCAGUGGACUGUGAUGAGAAGGACCACUUUCGUUGGACAAAUUGUUUACGUAGAGAUUUUACAAUAAACGGGUUGAUGUUUGACCCUUAUUCAAAACUCGUCUAUGAUUACAUGGGAGGAGUGGAUGAUAUCAGGAAAGCUAAAAUACAAACAAUCGGUCCUGCUAGUUUCUCAUUUGUAGAGGAUUGUGCUCGAAUUCUUCGUGCAAUUAGAAUUGCUGCCAGACUAGGAUUUCGAUUUGGAAGGGAGACAGCUCUUUCUAUUAAAAAUUUAUCAUCUUCAGUCCUGAAGCUUGACAGGGGAAGGCUCCUCAUGGAAAUGAAUUACAUGUUGGCCUAUGGCUCUGCUGAGGCUUCACUGAGAUUAUUGUGGAAAUUUGGUCUUCUGGAUAUACUUCUACCAAUUCAGGCAGCAUAUUUCGUCCGUCAUGGUUUUAGAAGACGUGAUAAGAGGUCUCACUUGCUUUUGUCUUUAUUUUCCAACCUCGAUAAAUUAGUGGCCCCCGAUAGGCCAUGCCACAGUAGCUUAUGGGACCAGAACCUUUCCUCUAUUUUGAUGGUUAAAGAACUGUUGAAGAUACUAGAUAGAAAAGGGAAACCAAAGAGCAAAAUUCAUACAUAUAUGUGUAUAGAGGACUGUUGAUAAUGCCUCAUAAAAAUGGGAAAGUCAAGGACAAAUCAAGUAUGUUUGUAUGUAUGUAAUCUGUUGAGUGUUGACAGCCUCAAAAGAAUCUAUGUACCCCUAGGUAGUAAGUAACUUUGACAGAAGUGAAUGCUCUAUUUAGAAAAAAAAAAAGAAGGUAAAAUGUACUGACAAGUUCUCAGCUGAUUCUAAAGAGCAGAUAUAUCUCUUGUGCAUUCUCAGUCAGUUUGACUUGGGCUUAUUACAGGUCCAGGUGUGCAAAUGUUCCACAUAUGAUAGAAUGACUUUUCCUCUGGUUCCCAGUGUAAUACUUUCAAUAAAUCUCUAAGUCGGAUAAAUGCAAGUGAAUAAUCUUAUUGGCAAGUAGUGAAAACAUGCAAGUACAGAUAUUUUUUUGUCAAUAUGUUUUAGUUAUGUUAGUACGUUUACUUUAAGUCCUGCUUUCCAGGAGUCUUUUGGCCUUUUAAGAGAUUCUUAUGCCAAUAGAAAAUAAAGAGAACUUCUAGUGUUUUUUAUGUUUCAUGUACUUUAUAUGUUGGCCUGAGAUAAAUUUAAAUGGAGAAACAUGGUUAAAUUCAUAUAGCCGCACCCAACUUUUGUUUAAGGCAUAGUAAUGUCGUUGUAAAUGGAAACAUGCAGGUGAACAAUUCUAUUACAAGAGAAAUUUGGCGAAUUUUAUGGUCUCAUAAUGACAGAUUCUGUAGUAUGUUUGGAGCUGACAUCUUAUAUACCUAUAAAUUUCAAUUGAUUGGAGCUGCAGUCUGCACUAUUGCAAUUGAAGUCUACCUAGUCUAGAUGCGUUGCAUAUAUUCUGUCAUUCAUGAUUACGCACCAAAGAAUUAAUAAUUCUAAAAGAAUGUGAAGGGCGUAUGUUUUAGCUCAAGUGUAACUGACUUAUCUUCUGUUAACAUGCUAAAAAAGGUUUUAGAACACAAUUUUCUCAGUUUGUUCCCAAAA